AUGGCCGGGCCUGGCAGGCUCCUCCUCGUUGCCCUGCUCCUGACCUACUGCCUGGACACUGGGACCAGCAAGGCAGAGCUGACACUCUGGGCUGACCACCCCUUGGCUCUGGGGUCCUCCCUGCAGCUGCACUGUGCCUUCUGGGGCCAGGAGCUCAUCACGCUGGUGAGCUGGCGGCGCUGGGGCCAGAAUGGGAGCCACGAGGAGCUGGCCGUGAUACACCCCACACAUGGGGCCCAUGUGCACCCUGCUCACCAGGGCCAACUGCGGGUCACCAAUGUGUCAGAGGCUGGGCAGGUGGGGCUUACAGUGCCCAGCCUGGCCCCCGAGGACAACGGCACCCACUACUGCUGCAAGUUCUCCACCUUCCCCUCGGGCGUGUCGGAGCAGUGCCUGCCAGUCUGGAUCACAGAGCCUGCCGCUGAUCCCUCCCAGACCCCUCACUCUGCCCUGCGACCUGAGGUGCUGGGGCCCCUGGGCGCUGGGGCCUUCUUCCUGCUGGGCAGCAUCGCCGUGCUGGGCCACCUUCUGCAGGAACGGGUGCGGAGGCACAGGAAGCUGGUGCUCCCUCAUCCCUACCCGCAUGUGGCUAGUCCUCAGGAGCCCCCCAUGGCUCUGUGGGUGCAGCAGGGGCUGCCAGUCCGGCGCACCUCGUUCUCCGCCCCCUACGUCCUCAUCAACUUGGACUAUUUUACCUCCCAGCCCAGCACCAUGGCCCACAGGGGCUGCCUGCCUCCCCCACUGCCUCCCCGGCAGGGCUGGAGACCCUGCAGGCCCAUGCCCUGGGUGCUGGGACAGGAGGAGCAGCGCCUGGGCCACUGGCACAAGACCUGA